AGUUGUUUCAUUUUGCCUGUUUUAGAUUGUUAAUAAGCUAGGUUGUAACAAUCACACUCUUUAAUUGUUUGGUCUUUCAAUGCAGACCUCCUAUGGAGCUAAGAAGUCUCACUGCUCCGACUAAUCUGGGAAGCAAAGCAAGAAACAAGACAAGCAGGGGAAAGUGCCCUCAAAGAGAAAAGCAUAGAGGAAUCUUUCCAAGGGUCGUCGGUACUCUGCAAUUAGCAGAAUCAGGGAACCCUUUCAUGGAGAGACAUCAAACUCAUAGCACCUUUGAACACUGAACGCUUAGAAAGACAAUCUGGGAAAGCAAGGCAAUAUCUUAUCAUUCUCAGAAAGAGUUGACUUUGGCAAAAGUUUCUGCUUCUUCCUAGCCGUCAUUCUUCACUAGAUUACAUACUUUCUUUUGGUUGGACAAUACUUCUAAUUCAUGUUCAUCUACAAUUUUUAAUGAGAAAUCCAAACUCCAAAGUAGGCUAUUUUCCUCCGGAUUUCCACCUUUCUUUGCUAGCUAGGAUGCAGUUUGAAACAGCUUUUGUAAAUAACCUCCUUUAGGAAUAUACAACAGAUUUCAGA